UGCAAAAUUUAUUUUGUUAGAGUCCGCUUGGCCACGCGUCAUUACAUUAAUGUAUUUCCUCUAUCCAUUGAAUUCAAAUUUGCAUGAAGAGUGCUAAUUGCACAACUAUGCUGUAGGCCUAUAAAGCUAAUUUCCAUGUUGACUUUGAACUGCAACUCCCAGCACGAGACCCAUUCUAGAUUUGUCCGUAGUGCCACGUCAUUUGAUGUCACUGCCGCACCUGCGCAGCCAUCUUGUACUUCGAGCGAGGAGCAGACACAGAAAGGAAAACGAGAAAAUAAAGCUGUCAAAUCAGACGAAAAUAGGAGUGUUUGUAAACUUUAUAUAGCCUCAUAACGAUAAGACAUUCAAGAAGGACUAGGGAAGCUAAAAAAAUUCAUCAAAUUAGACAUCCAAGUGCCUCGGAUUUCCAGACCAACAACAAGUCAUCAUUUGCUUGUGAAAACGGAGUGAGAGCAGGAAGGAACACUAAAAUCGCGGACAGAAAAACACAUCCCGAAAAUCAGUCAAAUCAUGAAUCCAGAAUAUGAUUACCUGUUCAAGCUCCUCCUGAUUGGUGACUCUGGUGUGGGAAAGUCUUGUCUUCUGCUUCGGUUUGCUGACGACACCUACACAGAGAGCUACAUCAGCACCAUCGGCGUGGACUUCAAGAUCCGCACCAUCGAGCUGGAUGGCAAGACCAUUAAGCUGCAGAUUUGGGACACAGCUGGCCAGGAGAGGUUUCGCACCAUCACCUCCAGUUAUUACAGAGGGGCCCAUGGCAUCAUCGUGGUCUAUGAUGUCACUGAUCAGGAGUCGUACCACAACGUGAAGCAGUGGCUGCAGGAAAUUGACCGCUACGCCAGUGAGAACGUCAACAAGUUGCUGGUGGGGAACAAGUGUGACCUCACCACGAAGAAGGUGGUGGACUACACGACUGCCAAGGAGUUUGCGGACUCCCUGGCCAUCCCCUUCCUGGAGACGAGUGCCAAGAACGCCACCAACGUGGAGCAGGCCUUCAUGACCAUGGCGGCCGAGAUCAAGAAGAGGAUGGGCCCGGGGGCCACGUCCGGCGGGGACAAGCCCAACCUGAAGAUAGACAGCACCCCCGUCAGGCAGUCGGGCGGGGGGUGCUGCUGAACUGCACCCUGGAUCCGACCGCCCGCCCGCCUCAGCUCCCUCGUCCUCAGCCCUGCCCAUCUGACAGGGGCUUCACCCACUCCAACCCUCCCAUCUCCCAUCUCGCUCUCCUUUUCUUUCACGUUAAUCCUACUGAGAAACCACUAGGACCAAGGUAGAGGGCGGG